UAUCUUCAGAUCAAUCGUGUGUCAUUCAAAUACAACCAAGGAUUCACAAUGGUCCCUGGAAAUUUCCGACAAUUAGACAGAAUUUCACCGUUUCUUCCAUCUAACUCGUUUGAAGAUGUCCACUCCAACUCAACUUGAACUCGAAAAUCUAACUGUCAGUGAUGGCGUUUCCUACUAUUAUUUUGAUAGCGGCAACGUCCCUGACAACACCUAUACAACCUUGGUCUUCGUCCCUGGCAUGGGUUUCAAUGGAGGUGUUUUCAGGAAGCUUUUCCCUCUAGCUGCUGCCCACCGACUCCGCAUAGUCAGCCUAUACAGGCGUGAUUAUAGUCCCACUACUAGCUUUCGUGAUUCAGACUUAGCUAGUCUUGUGUCCCGUACAGUGGAGGGACAGGAAGGCUUCCUUCGCAGCCAAGCGAUCGAUAUCGCCACUUUCCUUGUCGUCUUUGCCCGCGAACAACAUAUUCCGCUGGCAGAAGGUAUCGGCGGUGGAAUUGCCCUGGUGGGGUGGUCUUUAGGAUCAUUGCACACUCAUGCUGUUGUGGCCCAUCUUGACGCCUUGCCAUCUAAUAUUCUGUCUGACCUUUCAAAAUAUCUUCAUACCGUGAUUUGUCAUGACGCGAGUGGGGUUUUCAUUGGUAUACCUCCGCCCCCAAGCUUCAGUAUGAAACUUUGGUCUGAGACUGAUGUUGAGAAGAGGUUCAAGCUUUUCUAUGAAUGGGUGGCGGGAUACUUCCUACACAAGAAUGUCACCUCAGGAAGCAUUGACGAUCUUGAGUUCUACAAAUCCCCAGACAAAGCUCACUCCAUGAACGAGCUGUCUCCUGAGGAGCUCGCAGCACUCACGUCUGCCAAGACGUUCAGCGCUUCCGAUGCACUUCUUGUCUCUAUUCAACUAGACGUAUUCAAGGCUAUGACACGACGUGCAAUCUUCGACACAGCAUUGGCAGAGGAUUUCCUCCCAAACCUACGCGUCAGAUACAUGUGCGGUGGAGCGAGUCCUGGUGUUAUUGUCUGGGCAUUACAUGAACUUAGGAAGUGUUUGGCUGACCCCAAGCCAAUUUAUGGGCCGGAUGCUGAAAAGGCGCGAGAUGUAAAGUUCAAAUUCCAGACUGAGGGGAACCACUUCAUUUUUUGGGACGAACCAGAGGUUGCCCUCAAACAAUAUAUCGCUACCAUUAACCUUUAGUAGAACUACUCUUAGUGGUCACUCAUGAUCCAAAUAAAGCCAAACCGAAUUGCCAGCCUAGCUAGGAUGGCUGUGCGAGCGUAUCCUUGACUUCAAC